CCUUCUCGGUACUACGGGUAAUGGCUGCUAGGUAAGAUGAGCGGAUGGGCCGCGUCCUUUCUGUGUGAAGCGCUCCCAUCGAGAGGACCGUUAACUCGGGCGGUGCCGAGUUAAAAUGGUCGAUAUCCGACCCGAAAAACAUCCCGAAACCGUUGUACAUAGUGCGAACAUCGUCCUUCAAAUAGCACCCACUGUUAACAUCACGUCUAAGUGGUCAGUUCUGCCUGCUGAUCAGAGAUUAAGCUGAGGCCAUGGCACUGAAGGACCGUGUAGAGGCUGUGCUCAAUGUGGGUCUGCGUGUUCCCAGCAUUAUGCUGCUGGAUGUCCUGUAUCGCUGGGAUGUCAGCUCCUUCUUUCAGAAGAUCCAGCGUUCCAGUCUCUCCAACAACCCCCUGUUUCAGUACAAGUACCUGGCACUCUACUUGCACUACGUCGGUUACAUCCUGAGCUUGGUGCUCCUGACUCUGCCUCGUCAGCACCUGGUUAAACUCUACUUGUAUGUUCUUACGGCCCUACUGCUGUUCGCUGGUCACCAAGUCUCAAGGGAUUAUGUUCGCAGUGAACUGGAGUCUGGUUAUGAAGGACCUGUCUACCUGGAACCUCUCUCCAUGAACAGAUUCACCACUGCGCUCAUAGGUCAGCUGGUGGUGUGUACGCUAUGUUCCUGUGUGAUGCAAACCAAGAGGAUUUGGCUAUUCUCUGCUCACCUCCUCCCUCUGGUGGCCAGACUAUGUCUUGUCCCACUGGAGACCAUUGUUUUCAUCAAUAGGUUCUCCAUGAUCUUCACAGGCCUGGAGGUCAUUUACUUCCUGGCUUCUAACUUACUGGUACCAUAUAACCUGGCCAAAACUGCCUACAGAGAGCUGGCUCAGGUGGUGGAAGUGUACGGGCUGCUGGCUUUGGGUAUGUCUCUGUGGAACCAGCUGGUCCUUCCAGUCCUCUUCAUGUGUUUCUGGCUGUUGCUGUUCGCUCUGCAGAUCUACUCCUACUUCAGCACCAGAGACCAGCCUACCUCAAGGGAGAGGCUUCUUUUCCUAUUUCUUACCAGUAUUGCAGAAUGUUGUAGUACUCCCUACUCUCUGCUGGGUCUGGUCUUCACUGUCUCCUUCAUCGCACUGGGAGUUCUCACACUGUGCAAGUUCUACCUGCAAGGCUACAGAGCCUUUAUGAAUGACAACACCAUGCACAGGGGGAUGACAGAAGGAAUCACCUUGCUGAUUCUUGCUGUCCAAACUGGCCUCAUUGAGCUUCAAGUCAUCCAUCGAGCCUUCCUCCUCUCUAUCAUCCUCUUCAUUGUUGUUGCUUCUAUCCUUCAGUCUAUGCUGGAGAUUGCUGACCCCAUAGUCCUGGCCUUGGGAGCGUCCAGAGACAAGAGUUUGUGGAAGCACUUCCGAGCUGUGUCUUUGUGUCUCUUCCUGCUGAUCUUUCCAGCCUACAUGGCUUAUAUGAUCUGUCAGUUCUUCCACAUGGACUUCUGGCUUCUCAUCAUCAUCUCCUCUUCAAUCCUCACAUCACUGCAGGUACUUGGCACUCUGCUGAUCUACGUUCUCUUCAUGGUGGAGGAGUUUCGUAAAGCUCCAGUAGAAAACAUGGAUGAAGUCAUCUACUGUGUCAAUGGGACCUACAGAUUGCUGGAGUUUCUGGUUGCAGUGUGUGUGGUGUGCUACGGCGUGUCAGAGACUGUAUUUGGGGAGUGGAGUGUGAUGGGCAGCACCAUUAUCCUCGUCCACUCGUACUACAACGUCUGGCUCAGAGCCCAGCUGGGCUGGCAGAGCUUCCUGCUCCGGAGAGAUGCUGUAAACAAGAUCAAAAGCCUCCCUGCAGCUAGCAGCACACAGCUGGAGCAGUACAAUGACAUCUGUGCUAUCUGCUACCAGGACAUGAACAGUGCUGUGAUCACCCCGUGCAGUCAUUUCUUCCACGCUGGCUGUCUGAAGAAAUGGCUGUAUGUCCAGGAAACAUGUCCUCUCUGUCACUCACAAUUAAAGAGCCAAACACCAGCCACCAGUGUCCCCAACCAAGACACCCCUGCGGCCAAUCAGAACCCUGCAGGGCAAGAAGACGCCACAGGCAACAUGAGGCAGGAUGAUGGCACUCCACCAGAUGAUGGUAAAGAGGAGGAAUCGGUACAACAGGAGGGAGAUAAUGGACCUGCCAUGUCAGCUGGAGAAACAUCCUCAUCGUCGUCCUGUGCGCCCCUGCACGUCGUCAAGCCUUCAUUGUCAUCUUCCUCUUGUUCUUCUUCCCCACGUGUGACUGAUUCUCUGCAGACCCAGCUGACCACAGAUCAUUCCUCUUCGUCUUCCUCCUCUACCUCUGAUGCAUCGGACAUGCCUAACACUCCUCCAUUUCUCCCUGACACCUUCACCCCCCCCAUCUUUCACCACUCACCUUCAGAGGUACUCGCCCAAGCAGAGAUGACCCCUGCUGAACCUGAGCCCACUCCUCAGCUAAACUCAGCCUCCAUGCUAGACAGCCAGGAGUCAUCUGCUGGUCAAUCAUCACAGUCUGACCAGCCCACUUCUCAUUCUGAGGAACAUUCUCCUCCUCCAUGCAGCCUCUGAGCCACAGCUUCAACACACACACACACACACACACACACAACAUACAUGCAUGCACAUGUAAACACAAUCUAAAUACUCCAUCUGCUUAUAUUCUUCUUGUCCAGCCAUUGGCACUUCCAUCAUGUCAGAAAUCCAACUCCUUCAUAGCCAUUAAAAAAACAAAAAACACAAAACAACAAAAAAACACAAAACCUUGAACAAUCUCCAAGCAGAUAUUCAUCAGUCAGUAUUUUUUUUUAAUGGCAAGGAUUACAAAUUCAUAAAUUGUUGCUACUUGUGAGGCAGUUGUCUUGCAACAGUUAAUCUAAAUGUGUCCCAUGAUAAGCCAGCAGUGAUUUCAUCAUAGGCACAACUUUUGUUUUCUUCUUUUUUUGGCACGGAUUCAAACUUGACACAAAAAUGGGGAUGCAGUAAUGUCAUCUCAGAAAUAAUUGGGAGCUCUACAUCAUCUCUAAAUAAUGUGAAAUCCUGAAAGAUAAUGAUCAUCACUUAUUUUUAUUUUCUUUGUUUGUCUACUCUUGACUACAUUGACAUUUGACCUAUAGUGGCAUUUCCAGAAUCACAGUUUUGUCUUUCUCAUUUCACUGCUGACAUUUAAUGUGGUGGUUGCUCCCAUCCUGCCUUUGUAUGUGCAGCUUUACUUUUAUUCCUGUACAUUUUGUAGCAUUUGGGUUUCUCUGUAGUCCUGUAUGUGCCAUGAUUUAUUGAGGAAUGGAUCAGAGGUUUGAACCCUUUUGAGAGACUAUCGAUGACUGAUGGUUCUAUUUUAAACCAAGUCUUAACCUUUCAUAAAGUCUACAGUUUCUUCAGUUUGAUAUAGAUUUUUUGUUUUUCACUGCUGGACAACAGUAGUUAUGUGUAUCAGUGGAUACUAAGCAUUAACGGAGACUGAAUGUUGUUUCUUGAGGCCAUCACAUGACCUGAAGCCUGGUGCUAAGCAGAGGAUACAUGCAAUGGUCCGGUUAAGUGUUGCAGUGUGAACAAAUCAGUGGGUUCACAUGGGACAACUCAUUCAUUUCAUGUGUCAAGCUUUCACGAUUAGACUGCUUCAACAUUUAAAUCAAACUUGUUUGGCUGGUCCCAGCAAAAAAAAAAAAAAAAACAUUCUAUUCCUCAUCGCCAAACUUUUAUAUUACUGUCAAAGAAAUGUUAUUUUUAAGCUAAUUUUUACAUUACUGCUUUAUUGGACACCACACAGUGCAGACGGACUGAUAAAAGACGGAAGAUAGAGAGGACGGAAAUAAAUGCAACAGAGGCCACAGUUUAUAUUUAAACCUUCAGCAUUGUGACAACGUGGAGUAUAAACUAGUCCACAAAGUCGGCAAGGAGCCCAAACGUCAUUGUCAUUGGCUUUAUUUCUUUGUUGUUACUCAUUCACCCUCGCCCUCCUCGGCACAGCUUAUACACGCUUAAACAAGCUCAACUGGUGUCGUUGAUCAUUGGGACUCUUAUACGGCAGGAGCCAAUCACCUCACUCCAUCCAAUCACAUCUAAGAACACCUUUGUUUUCUAACACAUCAAUGUUUUUUUGUUUUGUUGGUUUUUUUUCCCCCACUGCUCACCUUCUUCACUCCAUAAAUGUUACUACCAGCAAAUUGAGCCAUUUCCCCACGCUAACACACAUGCACUCUCAGUCGGCUCCCUUGCUUAGCAGAUGGGUCAGGACGGGGGAGAAAAAUGUGUUGAAAAAGAGUGAAUCGAAAGACUUCAAACCAGAGAAUGCCGAGUCCUGAUGCACGCUUAUAUGUAGAGCUUGCACGCUGCCACUCUUAUCACAGAAUUUGUUCGUCCCCCAAUGGGCCCCAACCUUGCUACCAAUGUUUUUUCUACCAUUCUUCUUUCUUUUGGGUUGUAUUUGCACUAAUGUCAUUUAUACUAGCAAUGCUCCAAAGCUGUUCUGUGGCUGUCAGCAACCAAAUACCCUCUGAUGUCUGUGUACGAGGAAACAGCCCAAUCUGUUUGUGUGUAAUGUAUAUAAAUGUUGCUCUGUAUGACAUCUAUAUUAAACCAGAGGAGUGUUGAUAUAUAUAAAUAAGAUCAGGGCUUGAUUUCUCCAAAGCUUCCUAGCUGUUAGACUGUUCUUUGUUUCUUUACAUGCCUGUGAACAAAGGCAAACCUUGUGGCUAGGAAGCCUUUGGAAGCCCAAGCCAUCUGAUCUGUGAGACCAGCCAGUGUUACUGCUUCUCCAGUCUGCAUGAUGCGUCCCCAAGCUGGUGUGAUCACUCUGGUGCCCUCUACUGUUAGGAGUGGGAUCAGCAUGGCGCAGAUAGACUGGAGAUGUUCCAGUUAACCCUCAACAGUAUUAUUUACUACCACGAUUACUAAAGGUCUUAUUACUAUGAAUGACUUUAUUCUUGACAUUGAAAAGCGUUGGCUGCAGGGCUGAGAAUGAAUACAUGAUCAGUGUAGGAUCAAACCGGGCCAACGCUGUUUAACUUUUUUGUGUUUAUUUUUUUAAGAGAUGAAAUGUAGAGUUUGAUGUAUUUUGCACAUGUUCCUCUGAAAGGUGAACAUACGGACUUUCGGUAUACGACUUCUCAUUUAAUUAUCAACUCCAUUCCAUAGACUUUGAUUUCAAACGAAGCUCUUGAAAUGGUUACAAACAUUUCAACGGCUUCACACACAUUUUAGUUUUCACUGUGGCGCAUUUGAAGUGCGUCAUGCAGAGAGAUCACCUGCAAGGUAAAAUGUGACAUACUUCACGAGGCGAUGACUGUCAUUGGCAGCCGUAUGUGAAUUUGCAUUGCAGUAUUGCAUUAUAGAUAACCAGCAGAGAAGCCGGUCAGCUGUGGAUUCACCAAGUAUUUGCUCAGUUUUUACUCCAUGUUGGAGAAGUUGCAGUUUCUCCAAGCUACUGUGACAUGUUCUCAUACUGUCUGGGACAGUUUAACAUCAAAUGUUUUAACUAAGCUCAAUGUUAAAUCUUUGACUGAAUAACCUGUUCAUCUGAUAACUAUAGAAUGCUUCUAGACAUUUCAUAUUUCAAAAAUAGGCAAUCUUUCAGUGUAUUGUUUGUAUUUCAUUGCAUCUCUGAGAUUUCAGCUGCAGGACCGACUUUGUGUAGAAUACAUCAGUGGCUGUUUAAGCUGUUUGUGAGCCAAGAAAUGUAUGAACCAUCACUGCUGCUUCUCAUUGAGCGGCAUUCAUUUUAAAUUUCCAGUUCUCCUGUCAGGAGCUUUGAUGCGAGCAAAACAGUUGUCCUUCAAUUCUUUCACUCUACAUAUCAGUUAAAAGGAUUGUUUUGGUUAAAUUUUUCAUCUGAUUGACUUGUUAAUUAAUCACAGUGUAAACACAAGGUAGUGAGGAGUUUUUAGUCUAUUUGUUUACUUGAUUUAACAAUUGUCUUCAUUGAAAUUGAUUAGGUCGCCAUUAGAAAUUGUAAUAUCUUUGGCCCAGAUGUUAACGGAGUUCUCAAAGUCAAACCCACAUCUGAAGUGUAGCUGAAUCAGAGAUUCCAUUUUUCACAAUUCUCUGUAAAAAAUCAAUGUUGAAGGUGAAAGCAAAUAUGGAAAUAGAAUCUACAGCUGACACGCUGCACUCUGCCGUCAAAUUUACUGUACUUGCUGAAUUUGUGUUUAACACUGCUGUCCAGUGCUGUUGCCUCUGACCGACAGAUUUGUUGAGAUUUACCUCAGAAAGACAGAUCGUGUUCAGGGCUGCUCUCACUGAGACUCCCUGCAGGUUAUUGUUAGAUUUGUUCUUUUGUCUGUUUAGUUUCUCCACACACAAAUUUUAGGACCUGCUCUGUAAAACCUGGCUCAGAAUGCCAGUUGUUUUCUGUUAAAAAUGCUCCACGGUUGGUUUUGGACUUUAUGCCUGGCAUUGCCUUGGUUAUUUUACAAAAGUUGAAUGUCAAAUAAAACGAACCAUCCACUCUGGA